CGUUGGCCUAUGGUUGAAAAGUUUUAUCGCACAUAAUGUGUUUGAAUUUAUCUGUGUUUCAGUGUUAAAUUUAACUUCUAAGGUUGAUAAACUUUUGGAACUAGCUUUAUUUCUUUCAUAUUUUACAAGAAAUAUACUUGAACGAUUUAAACAAAAAGGUUUUUACUUUAUAAACAGUAACAAAAUGGCAACAGGUUCAUUGUCUUCGGUUCCAAAACGUUUGCGUAUGGUUGAAGACUUUUCUUGCACAUGUUGUUUAGAGCAGAAUCUUACGGAAUCUGCAGACAUUUAUUGUGAACAAUGUUUAAGGUUUUAUUGUAAAAAAUGUGUAAUCCUGCAUGGUCAGUUGUUUACAAAACAUAUGAUAUGUGGAAGGGAGGAUAUUAAGAAAUGGCCAGUUUCUAAGGCGGUGGAAGAUUUUCUCAGGAAGUGUGAGGUGCAUGAGGAUGAAACACUGACACAGUUUUGCCAUGACCACCGUCAGCUGUGCUGCUCUGCAUGUGUUGGAACAAUUCACAGCCAGUGCAGUAAAGUGACUCCAAUUAAUGAGCUGACCAACACACAGCCCACAGACCUACAGGGACUGUUAGUGGAGCUGGAAACUGUCCUGGGAGAAAUCAAAAACCUUCACAUCAGUCAGGAGGCCAGCGUUCAGUCAUUGCAGAGAACAUACAAUGAACAUAGGGAAGUUAUGAUGGAGCAAAUGUGUUGCAAUUUAAAUACUUAUAUAGAUGAAUGUGAUAAUAAUUCUGUGGGAAUAUCAGGCGGAAAUGAGCAAUAUUUAAAAGAAGAGAUGUGUAGGAAUGUUGUUUCUAUCGUGAAUGAAUUCAAUAAUAUUACUGCGAAGGAACUUAACGAGAUAAAAGAUGAAGUUAAAAGCAUUAAAGGGUCAGUUACAAGUUCUAUUCAUAAAUGCACCAGUCUUCACAAUGACUUGUCACAAUUCCAUGAAAUUGUUGAGAAAAUUGGAGAUCAUAAGGAGCUCUGCCUUAUAGCCAGCAUAAAAUGUAAGCAUACAGUGAAAACUCUCUUUACGACCACCUCGGUAUUCCGACCAACUCGCUAAGUCGACCACCAUUUUUCAGUCCCGAUUUGUUCCUUCUAUAUUUCAAUGGUCGUUACACUCACUAAUCCGACCAACCCGCUAAUCCGCUAUUACGACCACUUUUAUCAGUACCAAUUAUCGAUAUUGUUCUUAAUUGACACCCGCCAAACGACCAGUCAUUUUCACACCUUACUUGAUCUGAUGUUGUGGUACUAUCGGGCUUGUGUACGAAGCCAUUCUGACCCAAUUAACCACAAUUAACGACAACGGUUUUUGGCAUCGAUUUGCGACACAGGUGUUAGAUUUUCGGCACUUGUUAUAAUUUUUAACCAUUGAUUGACAAUUAGCUAUUAUUAUUAUUGAGUCUUUGAUGGGUAAAUUGGUAGUUGUUUGGUACACACUUUAAAGAUUUAUUACGGCGAAUAAUUUAACAGUUAGGAUAUUUGAGUAACACGGUUUUGUUCGUGAUGGAUAUAAAAACCGACUUUUAUACCAUAUCGUUAUUCAAAAUGGAUAAGCGAAAACGGAAAGAGUUGUGUUUAAAAGAAAAGAUUGAUUUUAUCGACGCAAGUGAUGGGAAAUCUCAACGACGAUUUAUUCGGCAUUGGAAAGACUCGGGUUCAAGCUAUUCUAAAAAUCUCGACUUUUAUUCGACAAAAUGCUAAGCAGACGACAAUUGACUCAUUCGUUAAGUAAACAUCAAGGAUCUUGAUGAAAAGUACAUAUACAUGUAUUUACACUUCUUUAAUGAACAACUUGAAAUACUAUCUUUGUACAAUGUAUAAAUACAAUGUAUAAACGGAUGACUGUUAUAUUGUAUGCAAACAGAUAAAAGUUCAGUGAAUA